ACGUCAGUUCAGAAGAAGGCGGCGCACGCGGACGCUCGGCUCCAAGCUUCCUCGAGGCUAUCAUGAGAAAAGUGCGUCUCCGCAAGGAGAGCGGACAUGGAGCGGUGACACCGAGUCGCUAGGCUGCCGACUGAACCGAGCCGCUGUCGGAACCGAGCCGCCGUCAGGCAGAACCGGAACAUGGCGACUCUCCAACAGUGAGGAACUUCAUCCCAACAUUCGCUGCAACACGUUUCUCUCCUCUGUUUUUGAAACAUGGACUCCUCUGGAGAUUUGACCUUUGCUCAGCAUGGACCCGUGAACCCCAGGAGCAGUCUGGACCGGUCAGAUCUUACCGGGCUCUACCAUCUGGGUCGUACACUGGGAAGGGGUCACUUCGCCGUCGUUAAACUGGGCCGUCACGUCAGCACCGGCCAGCUGGUGGCUGUGAAGAUGAUUGAUAAGACCAAACUGGACGUGAUGGCAUCGAGCCACCUCUUACAGGAAGUCAGGUGCAUGAGGCUGGUGCAGCAUCCCAACGUGGUUCGGCUCUAUGAGGUCAUUGACACCCCCACCACACUCUACCUGGUCAUGGAGCUGGCCGAGGGCGGGGACCUUUACGACUACAUCAUCCGCCAUGACGGAGGUGUGGCCGAGGGCACUGCCAGGCGUCAUUUCGCCCAGAUCGUGCGUGCCGUGGCAUACUGCCAUCGGCUCCAUGUGGUGCACCGGGACCUGAAGCCAGAGAAUGUGGUGUUUUUCCCCCAGCAGGGAGCUGUGAAACUGACAGACUUUGGGUUCAGUAACUUAUUUCAACCAGGGAUGAUGUUGGCCACCAGCUGUGGGUCUUUAGCAUAUUCUGCGCCAGAGAUCCUGCUGGGAGACGAGUACGAUGCUCCAGCUGUAGAUAUCUGGUCUUUGGGUGUGAUCCUGUACAUGUUGGUCUGUGGAGUCCCUCCCUUCCAGGAGACCAACGACAGCGAGACUCUGGUCAUGAUUCUGGACUGUCGGUACUCUGUCCCCGAACACGUUUCUGACGACUGCAGAGAUUUGAUCUCCAGGAUGCUGCAGAAGGAUCCAACUCGUCGGGCUUCCCUCGACGAGAUUGAAGCUCACCAGUGGCUCCAGGGCCUGGAUGAUGUUCUCCUUAGCCCCGAGGCCCCACCACACUGGGUCUCGGGGGCACUUGGUGCCACCUUUCCUUCCUCGGGGGCCCCUGAGUGUGGGGAUCUGCUCGCUGUGAGGCCUGCAACUCAGCAGGCGGCCCCUCGGGUGUGGCAGCCGAGCUUCACCCUUUGUCCAGCUCCAGUCGAAGAGCCUCCUGCCACCAAAAAUCUCCCUGCGCUGCAGCAGAUCUGUGAGGAGGAGGAAGAGGAAGAGGAGGAGGAGGAGGGAGGUUUUGAUAAAGAUAUUGCCAUUAUGGUAAAUCCAGGAGGAGAAGAUGAGGAGAUGUUAGAAGGGUUAGACAAUCCAGACUGCAAGGAAGAGGAGGAUCAAGCUGAAAUGAGGAUGCUAAAGGAGAACGAGGACAGUGGUUGUGUGAUAUCAGAUCAACCCAUCAGUCACUGGGACGAGACACUCAGUGAGACUCCCUCCUCCUUGUCUGGUUUCGGGAUUCCAUGUUGGCAAGCAGACCUCUCAAACGGAGAAGAUGAACCGAACAACAACACAGAGAAACCCGAUCCUGUUCUCCACACGUCAGAGUCCUCUCACUCCCGUGUCUCUGCAUCCUCGACCAGCUUAAAGGAGACGACGAAGACGGAAAAAGAAGAUGAUCCGAACAAGAGAACGUCGACUGAAAAGUCUGGGCCUCACAGCCCACAGGGAACCCGGGAUGAGUUGGCGCCAAAGGUGGAGCAAGGGAAACGACACAGCAUCAAGCUUCGCGAGAGACUCUUUCAGUUCCCUCUGUGUGAGAAAGCUCUGGCCUUCAACAUCCCGACAAACAAAAAGCCCAAAAUCCUGCCGCUGGCUCAAUACAACUGCUGCCAUGUGCUGUAACGAACAUCAGCCCGGGACGCUAUCCGAUGACCUGCACGCUCUCUGGGGAGCUGCUUAGCCGUCGGCCGGUAAUCAAAGACUUGCGAUGUGGCAAACAGGCUGAGCCGAGCUCCAAGAGGAUGAGGUAACCUUCGAUGUUCAAACUAGGCAUGGGUCGACGGUUGCAAGGUAUACCACAGUGUUAAAAAAGCAAGGGGUCAAAACCACACAUCUUUCCAUCAUGGAGUUUCUUAUAGUUGAAAUACCAUUGAUAAGGUACCAGACAUAGUGGUUUUUGUGUUUUUCCCCUGUCUUCUGGUUACAUGGGGUGCUGAGCAGUGCUCCCCUCUUCUCUACAGUUCUGUACUGUAGCUGAUGGGGUAAAAUACCCUCAAUUGUUAUGUUUGUUAUAAAAAAAAAAAACAUUGGUCGGUCGUAUGUUUUAUCUGGUGGAUAACUCAGUCAGUCGUGGCUAGUCUCUUAUCCAGUUAAACGUUUGCAAGAAGCUACAAGACAGCAUGAAGCCCAAAAACAUUAAAAACAAAA